AUGUAGUUUUAAAUGCAAAAACCUCACAAAAUCAUUCAGACAAAAUCAUUCACUUACAUCGAUGCAAAAAUAAAAAAUGAACAAAAUUAAAACAAAACAACGUCGCGGCCAUUUAAAAAGUACAUGGCUGAAGUAAUGAAAUAGUGAUCACCAUUGCCAAUUUGUCAGUACCGAAUGCACUGUUUCAACUUCAAACAUGGACGGUACUACAAGGUUCGGAAUUAUCUCAUGUGUCUGUAGAUAUUAUUGAAUUGUUUAUUUGAGAAAGCGACGACGCUUAUCUGUUCAUUCCUGGUUAGAGAUAAAUUUAAGACAUUCAUUUAAAGAAGUCGAUGUGUGAAUGACGGUACAAUGGUAAGAAAGAUAAUAUAUAUCUUAUCCCUUUAUAAUAGAAUUGAUAAAGUCGGUCGGGCAGUAGAUAAGAGGCUAUUGGAUCAAAAUGGAAGCUUUGUGUAAUUUACUAAAGGUGUCAGAACAAUAAAAUUAAAAAUCCGAUUCAUUUGGAUAUGAAGAAAGUUGUGAAAAUGAAUGGCUGAUUUUAAGAUAAGUAACAUAUUAAAAUGAUCGAAGGCUUUUAUAUGUUAAAUUUUAUUCUGCGCAUCCGAAGAAGAAAUGUUUAAAAAUGGCAUCUUUUCUGUGUUAUAUUUACUCAAUUUUUAUUUUUGUGCGGGCAUCUUCUUCGCUGACAGGUCACGUGUGCAGUCGUCUGCGCGCGGAGACGUACCAGACGACAUACGACCGCGCGUUCAUCUGCCCGGAACGCUACACCACAGCGUGCGGACAGCUUGAUUGGAGAAGAUGUACAAAAUACAGGGUUAGCACGUGUUACUCGCCGACAGAGAAGUACGCGUUGCGUUACACGGCGGUGGAGGAAUGCUGUAUAGGCUGGAGGGACGCAGGGGAUGGGGAUUGCUCUGUGCCUGUGUGUGAAGGUCGAUGUGAAAAUGGCGGUCACUGCGUUGCAUCCGGUACGAUCCCAGAAUGCUCCUGUCCAGAGGGUUACAAUGGAGACCGAUGUCAAAACGAUAUAUCACCAUGGAAAUGGAGUCACUUGACAGUUGGAGCGCUAGUUGUUGUUAUUGCCCUUGUCGCAAUUUCAUUACUGGUCUUCUUCUAUUGUCAGCGUCGGAAAAGAAACACAAACCACUCUGUCGACCGCAUUACGUUGAAGGAACUGGAUCGGGAACACAAAAAGCGCCUUAUCGACGCUGAACCGGAAGAUGAACAGACAAGCGCCUCCUUAAGUGGAAAAGUCAGCGUCCCCGAAACCCCAAGAGAACCUUCAGCGCCUCUUGAGGAAGACUAGAACAAAUUAUAUUUUUAAUUGAAAACACAUUUUUUAACUUUAUUUAAAAGCAUGACAGUCGUUACAUAGAAUAGCACGCCAAAACACUUGUCGUGUCACUUGCCAAAUAUUUAUGAAACAUUGUUAUACCACCAAACAUAUUGUAUAGUGUACAAUAGAAAUAUAUAAAUGCAAAUAAUCCGAA